AUGACGCUGGACGGAGAGGAGUCAUCCCCACGUUUUGGAAGCGGAGAAUCCGCCGUGCGAUCACGAAACGACUACUCCACCCUGUACCACGACACCACCCUGUACUACAACGACAACUUGCACAACAACACCCUGUACAACAACACCACCCUGUACAACAACACCACCCUGUACUACAACGACCCCUUGCACCACAACAACCUGCACUACAACAACCUGCACCACAACAACCUGCACCACAACAACAUGCACCACAACAACUUGCACAACAACACCCUGUACAACAACAACUUGCACAACAACACCCUGUACAACCACACCACCCUGUACAACCACACCACCCUGUACUACAACCACCCCUUGUGCGCAUCAAGAUACAACACCACCCUGUACAACAACACCACCCUGUACAACAACACCACCCUGUACUACAACAACCUGCACCACAACAACCUGCACCACAACAACGUGCACCACGACAACAUGCACCACAACAACCUGCACUACAACAACCUGCACCACAACAACCUGCACCACAACAACAUGCACCACAACAACUUGCACAACAACACCCUGUACAACAACAACUUGCACAACAACACCCUGUACAACAACACCACCCUGUACAACAACACCACCCUGUACUACAACCACCCCUUGCGCGCAUCAAGAUACAACACCACCCUGUACAACAACACCACCCUGUACUACCACACCACCUUGCACUACAACAACCUGCACCACAACAACGUGCACCACGACAACAUGCACCACAACAACCUGCACUACAACAACCUGCACCACAACAACCUGCACCACAACAACAUGCACCACAACAACUUGCACAACAACACCCUGUACAACAACAACUUGCACAACAACACCCUGUACAACCACACCACCCUGUACGACCACACCACCCUGUACUACAACCACCCCUUGCGCGCAUCAAGAUACAACACCACCCUGUACAACAACACCACCCUGUACUACCACACCACCUUGCACUACAACAACCUGCACCACAACAACCUGCACCACAACAACGUGCACCACAACAACAUGCACCACAACAACCUGCACCACAACAACGUGCACCACGACAACAUGCACCACAACAACGUGCACAACAACACCCUGUACAACAACACCACCCUGUACAACAACACCACCCUGUACUACAACGACCCCUUGCGCGCAUCAAGAUACAACACCACCCUGUACAACAACACCACCCUGUACUACCACACCACCUUGCACCACAACAACCUGCACCACAACAACCUGCACCACAACAACUUGCACAACAACACCCUGUACAACAACAACUUGCACAACAACACCCUGUACAACAACACCACCCUGUACAACAACACCACCCUGUACUACAACGACCCCUUGCGCGCAUCAAGAUACAACACCACCCUGUACUACCACACCACCUUGCACCACAACAACCUGCACCACAACAACCUGCACCACAACAACGUGCACCACGACAACGUGCACCACGACAACGUGCACCACAACAACGUGCACAACAACACCCUGUACAACAACACCACCCUGUACUACAACGACCCCUUGCGCGCAUCAAGAUACAACACCACCCUGUACAACAACACCACCCUGUACUACCACACCACCUUGUACCACAACAACCUGCACCACAACAACAUGCACCACAACAACUUGCACAACAACACCCUGUACAACAACAACUUGCACAACAACACCCUGUACAACAACACCACCCUGUACUACAACGACCCCUUGCGCGCAUCAAGAUACAACACCACCCUGUACAACAACACCACCCUGUACUACCACACCUCCUUGCACCACAACAACCUGCACCACGACAACAUGCACCACAACAACUUGCACAACAACACCCUGUACAACAACAACUUGCACAACAACACCCUGUACAACAACACCACCUUGUACCACGACAACAUGCACCACGACAACAUGCACCACGACUACAUGCACCACAACAACUUGCACCACGACAACAUGCGCCACAUCAACAGUCCGCUCUGCCGCAGCUAUUAUCGAAGCCACAACAACAGUCCGCUCUGUCGCAGCUGUAGUGCAAGCCACAGUGUCGUAUCCAGAGCUGUUGUCAGCCGAUGAUUGCAUGAACGUGGCUGAUGGAACAGUCCUGACGGAUCCGAAACAUUGUCGUCGCUACUUCGUGUGCCGCAAGAAUCAGCCGAAGCGCAAGAUGUGCCC